AUGUACCGGGGCGUAAUGGCGGGGAACUCGUCAACACCGCUAUCAAUCAAAAAUCCUUUAAAUCCACGAACGCCCAUGCGGAUCAAAGGGAGCAAGUCGUCCAAAUUGUCUGGCACCAAGCCGCCCCAGAAGGCAACGUCAACCCAAGUUUGGUCGCGCGCGGCGGCGAUUUUUUGGGCAAAGUGCGCGGCGGUGGUGGUGGGCGGCACUGCGUUCAACGGCAUGUCCACCACUGUAGUGACUCCGCCCGCGGCAGCGGCUUGUGUGCCCGAGGCAAAACCUUCCCAUUCGGUGCGGCCAGGCUCAUUCAAAUGUACGUGUGCGUCGACCAAACCGGGCAUGAUGACUUUGGGCGACACGUCACGGAGCUCGCCCACGUCAAACCGCGCGAUAACUUCGUCCGCGUGCAGAAGAAUGCCUGGGGCCACGUGGAGAAUGGACCCAGACACGGGCGAGAAAAUGAUGGUCGCCGCGCGCAACCGCCCGCCGAGAAGAACGUGCGACAGGGCGAGCGCGCAGUGCACGCCGUGGUGCGAAUAG